AUGAAGUGCAUCGUCCUUCUCGCCCUCUUCGGCUGCUCCAACGCCUUCCUCUUCAACCUGCUCGGUCUCGGAGGCGGCGGCGGCGGAGGUGGCUGCUGUGCCCCACCACCGCCACCGGCUUGCGGAGGAGGAUGCGGAGCCGCGCCACCACCACCGCCACCACCGUCCGCAGGAUACGCCGUCGCCCCAGCCGGAUAUGCCGCUCCACCACCACCACCAGCCCCGAUCGGAGGAGGAUACGCUCAAGCCGGAGGAUUCGGUGGAGCCGGAGGAUACGCCGGUCCAGCUAUUGGAGGAGGAGGCUCGUACGCCGGAGCCGGACCGAUCGGAGGAGGAGCUGGAUACCAGGCUGCCCCAGCCAUUGGAGGAGGACAGGGAGGAUAUGCCGGAGCCGGACCAAUCGGAGGAGGAGCCGCUCAGGGAGGAUACCAGCAAGGACCAGCCCCAGCUAUCGGAGGAGGAUCCGGAUACGCCGGACCAAUCGGAGGAGGAGCCGCUCAGGGAGGAUACCAGCAAGGACCAGCACCAGCUAUCGGAGGAGGAUCCGGAUACGCCGGACCAAUCGGAGGAGGAGCCGCUCAGGGAGGAUACCAACAAGGACCGGCGCCAGCUGUCGGAGGAGGAUACCAGGGACCAGCGCCAGUCGCCGUCGCCCAGGGAGGAUACCAGCAGCAGCAGCCAGCCCCGGCUCCAGUCGCCUCGUACGGAGAGCAAGCCCCGGCCCCGGCCGCCGUCGCCCAGCCAGCGCCACUCGCUUCCUACGGAGAGCAGGCUCCAGUUGCUCAGCCAGCGCCAGUCGCCUCUUACGGAGAGCAGGCGCCAGUCGCCCAGGUCACCGAAGUCCAGCAGACGUUCGAGGCCGCCCCGGCGCCAGCUCAGCCAGCCGCCGAGUAUCAAUCCCAGCAGGUCGCCGAGCAGGUCGUCGAGACGUCCGCCCCGCAGGUCGCCGCUUCCGGAUACCGCAACAAGUUCCAUCUGAGAAAGGCCGCCAAGGCUUAA